GUCUACGGUGUGAUCAGGCGGUGGCCAGGGGCUCGGGCUGUUUCACGGGGAUAUUUUCAAGAGUGUUUACAGAAUUAUUAGAUGGCGUUUGUGGUUACAAUGUAAAGGGAAGUUCCAUUCUUCGUUCAUCCGUUAUGUGAUUUUCGUUCAAAGUGGAUCCUCCGGCGUCUGACCCAGGUGUAUACCUCCCUCUGCAUCCCUGUCGACAUAGCGUCAUCGAACUGCAUCACCUCCGUGCUCCCCAUCCCCUGCCACGGUCACCCAGCAACACUUCUCUGUCCACAGUAAGGAUGUGCAUGUGAUACCCAUUGACAAGGGACGCCUCUACAGUGUGGGCUGCUGGCCAGGAGUGGGGUCGACUUUGUUCUAACGAGGCUGAAGGAGGGAAGGAAAGUGAGAAAGCAAGGUGGUUAUGGGAGGAAGAGGAACCAACUUGGGUCUCGGUUUAAAGUUUGCGAACUUGAGGUUUCCCUGACUCGAGAGGAAGACGAAGAACUUGAGGUUUGAGCUUGCUUUGAUAAGACGAAAGUACGAAUUUGGUUAGAAGGAGGAGAAUCAUAAGCUGUUCUCGUUUUCUUCGGACAUUUGCCAGCCUUUCUAGACGUGGGAGGGAAGUGAAUUUGGUUUAUCUUAUCGAGCACAAGAACCUCAUUCGAAGGUCUUAGUGGAAUCCGAAUCCGAACCUCGUAUUCAUAGAUCAGUAUACCCAAAGAAAACCUGAUCUAGGGAGAAAGAAAAGUGCCAAAAACAACUACAUGUACCUAACGUAACUACAGCGAAAGGACGCCCCCGUGGUGGUUCUUGUUCGAGAAAAAAGGAAUUGAAGUCGGCACCGCCAUGUUCACCUGGGACGCGGGAGUUCGAGCCCUCAACCACGGGACCAAAGAUGAACUGCAAAUCAUAGGCUGGCAGCCAGACUUGCGGAAGCUGCUGCUGACCGCUUUGCUGACUGUGCUGACGGGCGGGUUGCUGCUUAUCCUUAUAACGUGGCGUCCAUCUAUUAAGCUGUGGCUGACUCACAGGAGGUGCGAUGACAGCGAGGCAAAGCGAUUACUUGUUAAGGACAUGUACAACCAGCUGUGGGAGGAGGAGGUGGUCCGGGAGGAGGUGCCGACGGAGGACCAAAAGGGCACACAGUCCCGAGUGUAUUUCAUUAACAAGAAGAUCAAGUACGUGUGGGACGAGGCAACGUGUACCUUCGUCAGGCUGAGGCCUCUGGAGCACGGGACGACCUUCAACACCUUCCACAGGCAAUCAGAAGGUCUCAGCGAACCCACAGCGAAAGCCAAAAAGACCCUGUUCGGCGAGAACUUUAUGAAAAUCGAGAUUCUGUCCAUCUGGCAACUAAUCGUCCAACAGGCAUAUAACCCGUUCUACAUCUUCCAAGCAUACACUGUCAUCCUAUGGUGUAUGCAGGCCUACUACCUGUUCGCUGUUUGCAUUGCUGUCCUCUCUGUAGUCACCAUAACCAUCAUGGUUUGGGAGACGCGUCGGCAAAGUCGCGCCCUGAGGAAGACGGUCACAUCACAGUCGCAGGUGACAGUGCUGAGGGAUGGCCAAAAGAUUUCGCUCUCGUCACGUGAACUCGUACCCGGCGACGUGAUGCUCAUCGCCGACGGGCUGGGUCGCAUGGAGGUGGACGCGGUCGUGCUCCAGGGCAGUGUGGUCGUCAAUGAGGCCAUGCUGACGGGGGAGUCCGUGCCCAUUACGAAGGUUGCCAUACCCAAGGAAAGCGACACGAUGUUUUGCGAAGAGGAACACAAGCGCCAUUUUCUGUACAGCGGGACCGAGGUGCUCCAGGUGCGAGGCGGUAGGGAACUGCCGGUGCUGGUCGUUAAUACAGGGUUCUACACCGCGAGGGGAGAGCUGGUCAGGUCCAUCUUGUUCCCGAAGCCCAUCGAGCAUCACUUCUACGGCGACUUCCUGAAGCUGCUCGGGGUGUUCCUGCUGAUCGGUCUGGGCGCCAUGGUGUGGAGCUUCUUCCAGUGGUCGAAGAUCAGGGGCUCCUGGGACGUGGUGUUCCUGUCGCUGGACCUCGUGACGUUCGUGGUGCCGUCCGUGCUUCCCGCCACCAUCACCGCCAUCAACGCCUGCACGCAACAGAGGCUCAAGAGGAAAGACGUCUUCUGCCUCUCCUCCAACUACAUCUCGCUCUCGGGCUCCGUCGAUACCGUGUGUUUUGAUAAGACGGGAACCCUGACGGAGGACGACCUUGCUCUCGCCGGCGUCAUCCCUUGCACCGAGGGAGACAUGGGCUCUCCUGUCGAAGACGUGUCCCAGCUGGAGGUCGAGCAGCCGCUGACGAGGGCGCUGGCCACGUGUCACUCCCUCACCUCCAUCAACGGGAAACUGGUCGGUUAUCCAAUUGACACCAAGAUCUUCAGCGGCAUCAGAUGGAACCUGCUGGAGUCGGACCCCGCGGUGAACCAGGACUACGGCAUGGUGACGCUGGUGCGGGUGCAGCCUCCGCCGGGCGAGCGCGUGCUGCCCGAGGAACACGAGGUCGCCGUGCUCAAAACCUUCCCCUUCGAGGCCAGGGAGCAGCGCACCACGGUCAUCGUGCGCCGGAAGGGCUUCCCCGCCUGCGAGGUCUUCAUCAAGGGCGCGCCAGAGAAGGUGGCGUCGCUCUGCCGCCCCGACACAGGCGACAACCUCCUGACGGCGCUGAGCGUGGCCCGUCAGAGUGGCCUCGUGUCUGCCGGCCGCCAGAUGAUCGUCGUGAAGGCUCAGAUGGCAGCGGCGUCGGCGAAGGCAGCUCAGCACCUCAAGGUCUAUUACUUCGAUGCUGAUUACGAAGGCGGAUUACGCAAUCAGAGGAACGUCAUCUCCGUCCGCAACGACAACUACGUCCUGGCCACCGACGGGGAGAGUUUCGACCUGAUCUACCGAGGGCUGGACAAGGAUCUCUUCCAGCGCCUCGUGCACAAGGGCAGGGUCUUCGCCAGGAUGAAGCCGGAGCAGAAAAUCACGGUGGUUGAGGCUCUGCAGGAUCUCGGUCAUCAAGUCGCUAUGUGCGGGGACGGCUGCAACGACUGCGGCGCCCUCAAGGUGGCUCACACGGGCAUCUCCCUCUCGUCUGCCGAAGCCUCCGUGGCCGCGCCCUUCACCUCUCGUCGUCAGGAUAUCACAUGCGUCCCCACCCUCCUCCUGGAAGGCAGAGCCACUCUCGUCUCCAUCUUUGCCGCCUUCAAGUACAACGUCGCGUCCAUGUUCGGCGCUCUCGUCUGCGUCGUCUUCCAUUUCUCGAUCUUCACGGAGCCCUCAGACGAGCAGUACGUGACCAUGGACCUCGUGUUGGCCACAAUCCCGGUGCUGGUGAUGGGCUACACCGGCCCCACCGACCGCCUCGUUCCCCGGCCCCCGACCAGGCGGAUUCUCACCUUCCUCCCCGCGGCCUCGAUCUUUUCCUUUCUCAUCUUCCAGACUAUUAUUUAUUGGCUCCUGCUGCUCUACCUCCGCGUGCAACCAUGGUUUGUCGAGUUUGUCCCGCCCGAGCAGAUAGAGUUCGAAGCCCCGCCGAAACCCAGCUUUGAAAACACGGAACUCAUCAUCGUCAAUUACUAUACUUACGUCAUCUGCGCUUUAGUAUUCUCGCAUGGGUCGCCUUACCGCAAGCCUAUCUACACCAACUACAUCUUGACAGCGUACCUCCUGGCCUCGACGGUGCUGUGCAUCUUCAUCAACUUCUACAAGGGAGAAUGGAUGAUCACUUUGCUCAAUUUCAAGGUCAUUCCAUCCGCCAGCUUCUCCGCCAUGAUUUUCCUCGUCGUCAUCAUCUACGGCGCCGUGACUUUCAUGUGGGAGCACUGGUGGUUAUACGGAGUGAUCCAAGAACGCCUGAUGCCUUGGCUGGCGAGGACCUGCGGACCGCGAUCUCCCCACGCCAAGCUCGAGGCCGAACUCAAAGACAUCAAGAGCUGGCCGCCUUUGACAGAGCCUCCGGACAUCGACGCCGGGAGCGAAGCAGAAGGCGUUGAGGGAGACGAAACGGUGGAGUCGCAAACUCUGGAAAAGGACGAGGCCGCCCUCCUCAUCAGAAAGCUCACACGGAGGCACCGAUUCAAAGCGACCGUCAAAUACCACAACGAAGUCAAGCCAGGUCAGUCCUCCCCUAUCGAUGUGCCCGAGCAGCCCAGCUUUGCCAUGACGACCCAACCGCCGCCGUUGGACUUCAGUGAGGAGUCGAGUCCCAUUCCGGCGACCCAGGAGACUGGUAUUCCGGAAGAGAGUACCGACUACAGAGAACCCUGGGACAGUCAACACGGCGAAGGAAGUAGAUUCAUGUUCAACCACAGUGUGAGGCAUCAAAUCAUGAAGGGAACAAAAGGUGGAUUUAGCACCUUUAAAGGUAGUGUUAAGAAGCACAAUAAUAGGGGGGACAUUGAGGAUGCAGAACCUUAUGAGGUGAUUAGGCUGACUGAUUGCUCAUCAGUAGAGCAAAGUAAUGUCAAUGGAGGAGAAGAGAUCUAUGCAACAAUAUCGGAGACUUAUAAUGGAGAUUUGCAGAAAAGUGAAGAUAUUGAACAGGAUGAUGAGAGCCACUACCAGGACCCUGUGCAAGAACAAGCACCAGCUCCACACGAAAAAUUGGACAGCCUCAGGAGGAGAACGGAGAGACAGAAAAGUGAGAUGGAUGAUGUUUUUAAUUAUGUAGAUGAGCUUGAGUUUAAUGACGAUAUGCCAGAAAGGAGAGUGAAAUUUGCAGAUUCUGAAGAUGAAGAAAAUUCAAGCUUGCUAGAAAGUAUGACAGCUGCCUGGAAUCGCAUAUCCAGAGCAUCACUUGCACUUGGCAGCCACAUGGAUGAUAUGAGCACUACACACCCCAUUCCUGAAGAAGCUCCUUGGCCUGGACACCCACAAUUAUUAUAUGACGUUCCUGGACCACCAAGACCUGUUGAGAGCCACCUCUCCCAUGGAAACAAUGAACGAGGAGCUUCUGUUGAGAAUUACCAUGUUUUAACUCUUCCCCAUGAAGAAGGAGAAGGCAGAGAGAGUAAUGCUUGAAGUGUUCCAAUCUCCAAAAUGAGAUUUGAGUGCAAUUAGUGUAUAGAUUCGUGACUAUAUUUCUGUAUAUUUAAUCUUUAUACUGUUGAGAAAAUUAAUUGAUUCUUUACAUCAUGUAAUCAGAGAACGUACCAAUAUACUUGUGUUCUUUUAUGUUAUUGCACAAAAGUAUUUUGUAAAUUAAUUUCAGUAACCGUGUAUUUAUUUAAAAGUACAGACUUGUCUAUAAUAAAGAAGCCUUGUUAUGUUUGUAUAAAUAAUAAAUAUAAAUUUAAACAAAGGUAGAAAUUCAUAAAUGAGUAUAGGAAAUGUUUAAAGUUGUGGAACUUUACAACAGCAAGUCAGAUCAAUAUAUAUAUGAAUACUCAAUUUAAUUAUCAUGUUUGACCCUGCUGUACCAAGUAUUAACAAUAUUCAUACUUCCAUAUGCAUUUUAAAUCAAAGAAAUAGCUGUGUGAAUGAAAUAUAACUGAUAUUCUUAUGCAGCUACUUGCAGCUACUCUAUGAUGUGAAAUGUUUUAUAAAGCACAAUGUUCAGGCAUGGCAUAUGUAACUAUUCAUGUUCAAAACAUGUGUAGGUUUUUAAGAUUUCAAUAGUAUAUGAUUUGAGAAGCCAGUGUUCUAAAUAUGUAAUACAGUACCCAGUUGUGAUAGACAAAAAAUAUAUUAGCUUUAUGUUAAACAUUAAUGCAUUCAUUCUAUUAUGUGUAAUAUGAUGAUGCACCAAAAAAGGAUUUUAUAAUAUAAAAUACAAGUCCUCAAAAAAAAAAUUGCUUUCCAUGUAUAUUGUAUAAUUGCACAUGUUUUAUGGUGUGUUGGGAUACAUCUGGGUUUUCUGUUACCAUGUAUGUCUCAAUGUUAGGAUGUUUUCUUUGUUUUUCUAAUUCUAGGCAAUGGAUUUUGUUAGCAGAGAUAAAAGUUAUAUAAUGCUUGUAAAUAUUUUGGUGUAGAAGUUAUCUGAAAGGUGAAAAACUGAAAGCAUUUUUUGCUUGUGUCUCAAUAGUUAAUUUUCUUUGGCAUUUAAACAGAAAAAGAAAAAUGUAAUUUAAGAAGUUAGGUGAGCAUUACCAGACAAUGCACAUCAUAAUUAAUGAAGAAUAAUGUAUUCCAUUAUGAGGAUGACAUUUGAGUUAACUUGUUUCAUAUAGCAAAAUUACUCUAGAAAAUUCCAUAAAUGCAUAAUUUGUUGUAAAAAAGUUUGAUCUCUUAUGGUUAUAAUUCCUUGUUAGAAUAAUUUUUCACAUAUGCAAUAAAACAUUCUUGAUAUAGAGCACACUUUUA